AUGCAGCAGGAAUCCGAAACCGCUCGAUCUUCGGGGCCUCAACAGGGCCCUGCAUUGCUUGACAGGCUCACCAUGCCUCCCCCGGAGCCACCGUCCGAAGGCCACCAGUCCAGUCCCAGCCCCACGGAGCAAACCAUGAAGGAGGAAUUCCAGUUCCUGUGUUGCCAGAGAUGCAAGGUUGAAGCCAAAUGCCCCAAGCUCCUGUCUUGUCUGCACACACUGUGUUCGGGAUGCCUGGAGACAUCAGGCAUGGAAUGCCCCAUCUGCCAGGUCCCUAGGUCCGGUGAUGCUAACAUACCAGCGUUGGAUAACAUCUUCUUUGAAAGUCUGCAGCGGCAUCUGUCACUAUACAGGCAGAUUAAGGAUGCUUGUGCAACUUGUACCCGCUGCAGAGAAUCAGCGGACUUCUGGUGCUUCGAGUGUGAGCAGUUCCUCUGCUCCAAGUGCUUUGAGGCGCACCAGUGGUAUGUUAAGCACGAGGCUCGACCCCUGGCCGAUUUCCACAGACAAACGGUGAAUGAGUUCCUGGAGCGCAUGCGCAAGUCCAACAACAUCUUCUGCUCUAACUCCAGGCACCAUGUCCCUGAGCUGACUAGCAUCUACUGCCGGGGCUGCUCCAAGCCCCUGUGUUGCUCGUGUGCUCUCCUGGACAAAGACCACAGCGAGGACAAGUGCGACAUCAGUGUGGAGAUCAAACAGCGGCAGGAGGAUCUGGACACCAUGACGGAGGCUCUGCAAGAGCAAGAAUGCGCAUUCGCUGCUGCACGCACUCAGCUGCAGUCAGUCAUUAGCCAGCUGGGCAAGGCUCGUGCCAACACAGAGAAAUUGAUCCAGGCGCGGGUGAGCGAGGUGGUACAACAAGUACAGGCCCUAGAGAACGAGCUGCUCCAGAGCGUAGAGGCGCGGUAUCAGAGUGACAACAAAGAGAUCAUCAAACUCUUGGAACACUUGGACAUCGUGCUGCAGCGCAUCCGCAUGGGGGGCAUGCUAGUGCAGAAGAUGAAGCGCUAUGCCUCAGACCAGGAGGUACUGGACAUGCACAGCUUUCUGCACAAGGCACUCUGCCACCUCAGACAGGAGGAGCCCCAGAGCCUGCAAGUCCCUGUCUACACCAACAGCUUUGAGGAAUUCAAGGAGGAGUUCAAGAAACGCCUGAAGGGCCUGGUUUCGAGCAUCGCCCAGGAGACAGAUGCAGCUCAACCCAGGAGUGCCAGCCCAGAGGCUGCCAGCACGCCCAGCAAUGCUCUUGACACUCGUGAACCUGAGGAGGUACAGACGACUCCAGAGGAGACCCUGGGGCUGUCUGAGACCCAGCCAGUGACUGUGGUCGAGCAAGUGCCCACAGGAUACCCAGUCCCGCUGUUUGCAUUCUCCAUCAAUGACCCCUCUUACAGAGAGGAGAUCUCCAGCCCACUUACACCCCAGAAGAGGAAGUUCUGCCAGACCGAGAGUCCCAGGAAAAUCAUCAAAACAGAGUCUGAAGAGGAGAAAGAGACAACACUGUCCCAGAGCCCCAGCAAUCAGCCCACACCCAGCACCUCCACGGCAGUCUCACCGCCUCACCAUGAUGGGCCCUCCAGCCCCAGGAGCCCUGCCACUGGAGAUGAAGUCUCCCUGCCCAACAACAACCAUGUGGCCAGCGAGCCUGGGGAGGCCGAGGAGCGCGUGGUGGUGAUCAGCAGCUCGGAAGACUCAGAUGCCGAAAACUCGCCCUCCCAAGAGAUGUUUGACAGCAGCAGCGAAUCCAGUGACUUCCAGCUGGAGGGUGCCAACCCCCUCAGGGUCCUGGAUGAUAGCAUCUCCAACUUCCCAGCCGAAGACAGUCCUCUGGUUUUCUUUGAUCUUAAGAUUGAUGACGAAACCCAGAAGAUUAGCCAGUUGGCGGCCGUGAACCAGGAAAGUAAGUUCCGCGUGCUUAUCCAGCCUGAGGCCUUCAGCAUCUACUCCAAGGCUGUGUCGCUGGAGGUGGGUCUGCGGCAUUUCCUCCGUUUCCUGAACUCCAUGCGUCAUCCCAUCCUGGCCUGCUCUAAGCUGUGGGGGCCCGGCCUCCCCAACUUCUUCCAGGCCCUAGAGGACAUGAACAGUCUUUGGGAGUUCCAAGAGGCUGUAUCCGGCUUCCUGGCCACCUUACCCCUGAUCCAGGAGUGUGUGCCCGGGGCUAGCAGCUUCAAACUCAAAAGCCUGGCCAAGACCUACCUGGCGAGAAACAUGAACGAGCGAAGUGCCCUGGCCACCGUGCUCACCAUGCGUGACCUGUGCCGCCUCUUUGAGAUCAUCCCGGGCCCCCAGCUGGCCCAGCAUGUCUACUCCUUCUGCAGCCUGAAGUGCUUCGCAUCCCUGCAGCCCUUGGUGCAUGCGGCUGUCCUGCCCCGGGCAGAGGCCCGUCUGCUGGCCCUCCACAAUGUGAGCUUCCUGGAACUGUUGGCCUCCCACCGCCUAGACCCACAGGGAGGCCUGAGGAAGUACUGUCGCUACCUGAGCCUGCAGGUUGCUGCCUCACCACCCACCCAGCCUGCUUUCGACCUGCAGGCUCUGUGUGCCUACUUCACAGGCCUGUUAGCACAGGAAGAAGGCAUCUCUGCUCCACUCUCCAGCCACAGCUUGGCAAAAAGUGCCUCCCAGCAGAGCUGA